CACUUUAAGGCAAGCGAAAAGGAAUGAACUUCGUGCUUCUAUCGCAUAGACAUCCUCGUCUUUUCGCGCCUCUUAUUUUCAUUAUCCCUUUACUCUACAAAGUGGAUUGGCCGUAACCAGGGUUACCAGACUUCUGUUCCUGUGUCCUGGUUUUCUCUUGAAAACUAGACGAAUGUUCUGGUUUUCACAGAAACCGCUUUUUAUUUGAAAAAAUCCCAAUAAAGCGAUGAACGCAACCGACUUCCAGCGAAAACGGUUCGCGACAUAUGCUUCCCCAUCCAUGAACGCAAUUCAACUUGCGUGUCGUAAAAUGAAAUGAAGACGAUGACCUCUUCUUCAGAGCUUUUUUAAGUAUCCUGGAUUUUGACCUGACCCAUCUCGUAACCCUGCCGUAACAUCUCUCUUUUCGAGUGGCAUAAGAGGACCUGCAUAUAUAAUAUUGGACCCAAGAUUAAAACAGUGGUGUUCGGGUACUUAAAUUCAAGCACCAACGGACCAUGUUAUCUGACUAACUACAAUGGCGUCGAAAUUAUUUUUCUUCAACGUAGCCCUCGCAUUCGUUGCAGGGAGUGCUGCACAGAUUUACACUGGUCCAGAAAAUGCCGAAAGUCCGGCAUUAGAAAAGCCAGCAUCUGCUCAGAUUCAGUUUUCUACGCAAACUGUUUAUGGAUUUCUGGACUUUACAACUACCAUUGGCAAUACCGUGAUGGUCUUCAGUCCACAUAGUGCACCUGCAGAGGAUGACAAGGGAAAAGAGAAUGCUAUUACUAAAGUUCCACCCAUCGAGACUAAACCAGCAGAAGUACAAAAAAAGAAUCCCGAUAUUCAACCUAGCAAAACACACAAAAGCAACUCGCAGCCUGAGACUAACAAGAAAAUUGUGGCUAAGGGCACAAAAAUUGUAGUGAAUUCGGUGAUGGAGCCGAAUGCAGUCAUUGAUCCAGAAGAAAUCGUGCCUAAAAAAAGUGAGAAUGUGAAAACACAUGUGGAAGUGGUAACUAAGAGUCCAGUGCUCUCCACGGUCGUUAAGGUUCGGCCCAAAGACGACGGCGACGUGCCCGGCGUAAAAAACAACCUAGCUGAACCUGAGUAUGAUUUUCUCUCUACGCAACCAGCGGAAGUGGUUGACGAAACCUACAAGGUACAAUCUAACCUUAUCAACUUGAGACCAUCCUCGAAGCUCCAUGGAAAGCUGAGACCAUCUCGUCGAGAUAAGGAAAAUCCGACUGGCCUCGUAACAAAACUUGGAGGCACAAUUGUAAAAGAUGGAUUAACCACUGUUCAUGAAACCAGUGUCAUUGGGACUUAUAUUAACGGAAAAUAUGCCCAAGUUCUACAAAGCUCCUCUCGUUUACUCAACGAUGCAGAAGUUUCCAUGCCUGAAGGGAAAAUCAAACCUACAAAUUCACAAAGGAUUCUGAAAACGAUUGGGCCUCAUCUAGGAAAGGGAAAAGUUCAUUUGGAAGCGACACCAACAACCCAACCAGAAGAAUCUGCCAUACCUUUAGAAGGACUUUUUAAUGGACAAGGGUCAAGCGGGCGCCCAAAUCGCAGGCAAUCCAGCAACCAUCAGAGCCGACCCAAAUUUCGCAACAAAAUUACUGACGAAGUGGACAACAACGAGUCAGUUUCACAACCACGUACGAUUGGAAAAAAUCGACCUUCUUCUGUCAGACCUAGUUACAAAAACCGACCUUUAACAACGACAACAGAACAGCCAACAACGAGAAGACGUAGUGGAUUUAGACCCAAUGGCCAGCCAAGCACACCUGCUAAAUUUCAGAACAAAAUUACAAAAUCCGAUCAAGCAACAUUAAGUUCCCUUCCAAAACUGAAGCUUCCAAGAACGCAAGGCCGCUGGUCUUAUAAGACUACUCCUAAGCCCCGUAUCGUAAUUCGCAAGCAAGUUGAAGACGACAGUAAACCACUACUAACAGUACCAAGUGCUCCAUCUAGUUCUCCAGCUUUACCGGAAGUAACUUCAGUUUCUCAUAUCACGACGGUUUCUGAUGAACAAAAUGGCCCAAGAGUCCAAGAGGGAGUCGGGUAUGAGGAUGAACUCGAUGAAAGUGAAAGUGAAGAUGUGAGCAGCAUUAGUGUCCAAGAAGCUCAGGCAACUGAACAAAUCAUACCAGUUGAGACACUAAACGUAGAGAUUUCAACGCACGCUGAAUUUAAUGAUAUUUACUUUGAAAUAGCUACCAUCAAGUCACCAUAUUCAUUCCAGGUCGGUAAUGUUCGAAACACCCGUUUCAUCACAGUCACCUCAACAUUAAAAAAGUCCUUCGCUACUGCUGAUCCCGUCACUUCGAUAUCUCCAACCGAACCUUUGACGGAGAAUAUAUUAGCUAAUACCGGCGCAGCAUACGAAACAACACUUCCGCUUGAUUCCUCUGUCGCAACUCUUCCAGCCAUUACCCUCGAAGCUGGUCAAGCAACUCCACCUUUGGAAACUAUCACCGAAACCUUCUCUACUACUCAGACUUUGCUAAAAACCCAUCUCUUACCAAUAGUUGCCAAUGGAAAUACCUCUAGGCUAACUCUCGUUCAGACCUACAACAUUGCUAGGGUAGUUACUGCGAUCAAGACUCUGCCACCAAUGGAAAUUUAUCAGUUCAUUCCUAGCAAGACACUUAAUGAGUUCAAUUCAAAGUUGGACGAGGCUGGAAGUGAACUUCAUCUCGAAUUGGACUUUGGAGAUGAUGAACGGGACGACGAUGAAGUUCCGAAAAGGGUUCUGGCUCCUAGCUCUGAUUUGGAUUCCGACCUUGAUAUUUUUAGUUCCAGGGCACAUUCAGCCUCUAAAGUGAAGAACAACCUUGCACAAUCUUCAGCAGUUCAGGAACCUCAGUUGACUCCCGAACAGGCUCAACAACUAGCUCUUUUUAAAUACUUUGGUCAGGCCCAACCAACAAUCAUCACAACUUCGAGACCAGUUGUCACUCUCGAGACAAUUUAUGAGUCCCACGUGAUUCCAGUACUCAACAAUGGUAACACCGUAUUAUCAACGCUCUCGAGACCUGUUGGUACCGUUCCAAAAACCUCUUACGAAUUCGGAACAUCCACAAUUUCACCUCUCCAUUCACCUCUUGUGCCCCAACUCCCACAAGUUCCACAGGUGCCCCAAGUGCCCCUAUUCCCCCAACAACAACAAUUCACCGUCACUACUGCUCCACUUGUGACUCAAACACUGGCCACCAUUUCUGAUUCGAGGGUUCUGAAACUUACGUUUGGUGCUAAAACCGCCUUCACCACACUUUACUCGACAAAAGUGGUACCCACAGAAAUUACUACUUACGUCACUUCUACGAUAGCUCUUCAGCCCACAGUGCCAGCUUUCCCUGGAUAUUAUCCUCCACCAGUGGGAUAUCCACCAUAUCCAUUCGUUGGAUAAAUUUGGCAAAUGUCAACUAAAACCCAAGUUUUUCAUAAGACAUGUAACACUUGGGACUUGAUGAGCAUUUGUGUUUAGGGCUGUUAGUGGACUUCAACCAUAUUGGUGUGCUAUAUUUGCCAGGGAUCAGAACCCUAAGGUUUGAAGGGAUACGGGUAUCUAAAUGAUCCAAAGAGAGUGCGAAUCAGGCUCAGAUCUUUAGGAAUUUUAAACAUCUGUGUCCGGAACCCUAAGUAAUUGUUAAGAGUCCAAGCUGAAAUGAUCCAAUCUAAGGCGUGCAGGAAUUGCACCCAUAUUUUUCUUUAAUUUAGACCCCGAGCAGGCCUUUGACCAUUUAAACAAGUAUUCGAUUCCGGGUGUAAACCAAGGUCCAAAAAGGUUUUAACAGUUUCGCAUAUAGAUUUUUUAAUUUAAAAAAUAUUUAUGGUGGUUCUGUCUAUGCUUGAGCCAUUAUGAAACCCUUUAAAGUAGUAUCCAAAUUUAAAGGCUCAAAUGGAUGAUAUAGAAGGAAUGAACUCAUACACUUUUUAAAUUUUAGAGUCGGGUCUGACUGGAGUUUUCAGAAUUUUAAAAGGUUUAGACUCACUUCUUUUAGUAAAUAAAUGUUUAGGGUCCGGUCUGGAACCGACCACUUAGGGACGUUUUUAAGUCGGGUCCAAACUAAAAAGUUACGAUCCCUGGUGUUUAUAGGACGUAAGAUUCGAUGACAAGUGUAUUAACCAAGGGAAGACAACAAAUCUGCUAAACGGAGAAUUUCUCCAAUAGUAAUUAAUAUAACAAAAUUAUCUCAAGAAGUUUUUGACAUUCCAGAAAUAUUCCAUUCAAAUAUUUUAACAUUCUGAAAAUAUUCGAAUCUUCUUAGUUUGGUGUCCUGAACAUACUCAUGCAGAGGCUUAAAGUUGCAGAAAAAUUCCACAAAGAUAUUCGAAAAAUUAUCUAUUUUUUUCAAGAAUAUAACAUCCAGCGCCGUAUUAACAUUUUUCGGGGCCUGGGGCUAAACCUCGAAGGGGCCCUCUUAAGGGCAGAGAAAAUCCCAAUUUUUCUGUAAACUUUGUUAACUUUCUGGGGUCAGGGGCCCCUUAGCCCCCUGGGACCUGGCGCACUAGCCCCACCGUGCCCCUUGGUAAAUCCGGCGCUGAGCAUAUCAAAUGCCUAAAAACUAUGUCAAUUUUGCAAAUAUUCCACUGAAAUAAUCAAACAGUCAUUGGGUGUAUUUUAACAUUCAUUUCUACAUGUGGGGCAUUCCACACAGUAUUUACCACAAAAAUUUGUUUUCACGUAAAAUAUUUUUUUUUCCUGUCUAACACUCAAAAAAAUUCGAUACGUAUUUUUGUAUUCCAAUAUGAUACGCAAAGGUUUCGUGAAUUUUUUUUAAUGUUCUACUCAUAAAAAAGUACCUUUUUUCAAUUUCUUAUACUGCAAUAUUAAACAAAGAUAUGAAAAUUCACGCGCAAGAUAAAAUGUGAGCCUUUUCCUCAACUUUCCCAUAAAGUAUAAUAAAAUCCAAUUUAAUCAUUUAUUUAAUACUAUAAAUCAAAUAUUUAUAAACAGAUUUUUUUUUUUUCAAUUUGAACCUGUUUUAUUUUUUAUUUUAAAGAGUGGUUAAACUUUUUUCUUGAUCUGGUAAAAAUUUGGGAGUGGGUAGUCAAAUACUUUCGAAGCAAGGAAUUUUUGAAUAAUGGUUCGCGCGCGCGGUGUGUACCGCAGCGCGACUAGCUCGGACUGGGACUCGACUGCCUACGCGAUAACUAAAGCACAACCAUCCACUUGCAAAAUCGUAUAUUUUUAUAUUGUUAAUUUUAUAUAUUCAAAAUUUUUUACUACUCGAAAAUUCAUUGCUUUGGAAGUAUUUGACUACCCACUCCCAAAUUU